CAGGCCUCGUCCUAGCAGGGCCACGCUGUAGCCGCGGCGGGCUGGGCGCCCGGCUCCCCAUGCCCUGUGCCCGUUCACGGACUCGGCGCCCCUCCGAAUCAUCUAGCCUGGCCCCCUGCACCUCACAGGCGCCGAGCCCUGGGUGGGGAGCUGCCGCCAUCGCUGGCUGGGUCCAGGGCUGCGGGCGACAGUGGAACCACAACACCCCCCUCCAGGCGCAGAGCGAGGGAACUUCCGCCUCGGUAACCCUCAUGGCGGAGCAGCGCCCGCGCAGUCACGUGACGUGACGUCACUUCCCUCGCCGAGACGGCGUGAGCCCCGCCUCCUCCGACCUCUCUAUGGUGUUUCCCCCUGGGCGGGCCCGUGUCUAUGGUUUGCGCGCGGUGGCCUGUGGGAAGGCGGAGGAGUUAUGGCCUAGGGGCUGGCUGCGCGCGCGUAGCUGGGCUGGGAGCGGGGCAGUGGCGGGGGGGGGACCCGCUGUGUCUAAGUAAUUAAGAUGACAACAGCAGCUAGACCAACAUUUGAACCUGCAAGAGGAGGAAGAGGAAAAGGAGAAGGAGAUUUAAGUCAGCUCUCCAAACAAUAUUCCAGCAGAGAUCUUCCUUCUCAUACUAAAAUUAAAUACAGACAGACCACGCAGGAUGCCCCUGAGGAGGUGCGUAACCGUGACUUCAGAAGAGAACUGGAGGAGAGAGAACGAGUUGCUGUAAGAGAAAAGAACAGAGACAGACCAGCAAGAGAGCACACCACAUCCUCUUCGGUGUCUAAGAAACCUCGAUUAGAUCAGAUUCCUGCAGCAAACCUUGAUGCAGAUGAUCCACUCACAGAUGAAGAUGAUGAAGAUGAGGAUUUUGAUGAAGAGAGUGAUGACGAUACUGCGGCUCUUCUGGCUGAACUAGAAAAAAUCAAAAAAGAGAGAGCUGAGGAGCAGGCCCGAAAGGAGCAAGAGCAAAAGGCUGAAGAAGAGAGGAUUCGAAUGGAAAACAUCCUGAGUGGCAACCCUUUACUAAAUCUUACAGGCCCAGUGCAGCCUCAGGCAAACUUCAAAGUGAAGAGAAGAUGGGAUGACGAUGUUGUCUUCAAGAACUGUGCCAAGGGAAUAGAUGAAAUGAAAAAGGACAAAAGAUUUGUAAAUGAUACUCUGCGAUCUGAAUUUCACAAAAAGUUCAUGGAAAAAUACAUCAAAUAGUACAGUUUUAUGUGCUCCAUUGCUGAAAGACUCAAAGGGUCAAGGUGACUUCCCCUCUGUGGUGUACUUCCUCCUCCCUCCCACCCCCCCCCCCCCCCAAAAAUAAUGGCUGAAAAUUGUCUCCUGCCAUGAAUUUCCAAAUGCUUUUCCAAGGUCGUUGACAACUUUUUAAUUGUCACCUUGUAUCUGAAGUGUUUUAUCCUUUUCAGCAACCUUUUUUGUUUUAACUAAACCUGUUUCUGUUUAAUUCAGUGGAUAUGCAUUUACUUUUAAUGGCCUUCAUGUAAAUGUUGCAAGAGACUGGUUUGCAAUAAAUACUUUGUCUAAAUACUGUUUCUUGGGAAACAACCUAUAUGUAAUAUGGAGAUUUGUAAUUUAUGCAGAUUAUGUAAAUUUUCAUAUUCUUAAAGGUAAGUGAAAUUCUACAUGCUAGAAGAGAGUACUGAAGUUGCCUUUUUAUGCAUGAAAUUUAAUUAUCUUCCUUCCUCUGAUUGGCUAGUUGAAAGUCAAUAUGUUCUCCCUAUCUGACUUCUUAAAUAUUGAGUGUUUCUCUGACAUAGCAGUUAAGGAUAUGGUCUGACUGGAUAGCUCCAAGCUGUUAAAAAUUUUGCCUUCAUCCAUAUCAUGAGCUCCACCUGAUUCACUGCCUUGCCACAAGGAGCAUCCCGCAGGUGUGCAGCACAGUGGUGUUCUGCCUCUCACCAGGGAAUUCCAUUCUAUAUAAUCUUGUGUUCCUCAACCCCAAUCUUGCAGUCAGAGCCAUAUGGAUGCAAGGUUGGAAGAGCCCAAUCCUGCAAUCUUUAAAUCUAGUUUCAGGACUGUUUUCAAUGAAGGCGGCACCCAACCCAGUCAUCACACUAAACUUUUUUUUAAGUCAAUUUGAACAAAACUCAGAAUAUAUGUGGGAAAACUUUUCUGUUAAUUCAGAGGAUAUCACAAUCAGUACAGUGUUCUUCAGCUAUCAGAAGGAUUUUAUUCUCUUUUGUGAUCAUUGUCACAUUUGAGAUGCAUUUACAAAAGGAGGCUGAGUGACACAUUGGAUUGAAAUACCAUCCUUUUAUCUCUGGAUACUUGAAUUCAAAUCCUAAUUUAGGUCACGAGUGAAAGCGUUCAGUGGUUUCUUACUCACCAUUAGUAUUCAUUUCAAAACCUCCAUAUACGAGAACAUGAUUUGCAAUCUCUACUUGAGAGAUCUUAGAAUGGAAUAGUAGUUGUUGCAGGUCAGGAAGGAUUUAAGGUGCCUUUAUGUAGAGUUCUUUCCUGGUUGCUUGCCCAUGCCAUAUCUGUCCAUUUAGCCCUGUUGUUUCUAUAGCACUAAUGUUGCUCACAAUCUCUUACUUAAAAAUUAGUUGCAUAUUUUCAAAGUGAUUGUCAGGGUUCCUUCCCCACUCUGAACUCUAGGGUACAGAUGUGGGGACCCGCAUGAAAGACCCCCUAAGCUUAUUCUUACCAGCUUAGGUUAAAAACUUCCCCAAGGUACAAACUUUGUCCUUGUCCUUGUAUGCUGCCACCACCAAGCGUUUUAAACAAAGAACAGGGAAAGAGACCACUUGGAGAUGUCUUCCCCCAAAAUAUCCCCCCCCCAGCCCUACACACCCUCUUUACUGGGGAGGCUUGAGAAUAACAUCCUAACCAAUUUGUUACAAAAUCAUCAAAGACCCAAACCCCUGAAUCUUGGAACAAUGGAAAAAAUCAGUCAGGUUGUUAAAAGAAGGAUUUUAUUUUAAAAAGGGGGGAGGGGAGGCGGGGGGUAAAAAUCGUCUCUGUAAAAUCAGGAUGGAAAAUACUUUACAGGGUAUUCAGAUUCAAAACACAGAGGAUCCCCCUCUGGGCAAAACCUUAAAGUUACAGAAAACAGGAAUAAACCUCCCUCUUAACACAGGGAAAAUUCACAUAAAACUAAAGAUAAACUAAUCCUCCUUGCCUGGCUUACCUAUACUGGUUGCAAUAUUGGAGACUUGGAUUAGGAUGGGUUGGAGAAGAUGGAUUUCUGUCUGGCCUCUCUCAGUACCAAAAGAGAUCAACCACGUAAAUAAAGAGCACAAACAAAACCUCCCCCUGACACCUCCCCCUCCCCAAGAUUUGAAAGUAUCUUGUCCCCUUACUGGUCCUUUGGGUCAGGUGCCAGCCAGGUUAGCUGAGCUUCUUAACCCUUUACAGGUAACAGGAAGUUGCCUCUGGCCAGGAGGGAUUUUAUAGCACUGUAUACAGAAAGGUGGUUACCCUUCCCUUUAUAUUUAUGACUCUGAUGGUCAGGGGUUUUGAAAUUUCAGGACAGAUAUUUCAGUCUUUUUGUUAUACAUGGUUUUUAAAUGAUAUCCUGUUAAACUACUGUAUUAGAAGCAUAUUUAUAUUCCCUAGGCAAUUUCAUUAGUUUUUGUAUUUUUCCCUUUUUUUUUGGUGAGACAAGAGGAACCAGUCAGGGCUAAACUAUCUAAACAGGUAAUUUUAUAUGCACGUUUAAAAGCCAUAUUGAGACACACUUAUUUCACUUGGAAUUAAGGAAAGAAUAUGUACUGAUUUUGCUCAUGUUAUCUGUCUUUUGGCGAUGAUGAUAGGUUUUUGGAAGUAGGAGAUCAGCCAUAGUUCCUAAUGAGCACACAUUAAAAAGUCAAGAUCUGAGUUAAGAGCAGUUAGUUGGCAAAAUGUGGCAGUGGGGAAGCCAGCUGUUGCUUAGAUCUGACCUAACAAAAUGAUGAUGUCAUCACAACAACAACAAUACUUAACUCUAGGCAAUAUUACAAGAUAUAUAAUAUAGCUAAGCCAAAAGUGAGUGAGUAAAUACGUUAGGGAAAAAAAAUCCUUAAGAUGUGGUUUUAUAGCUAGUUCAGUGUCUUUGUAGAAAUUUAUUAGUUUAUAUUCUUCCCUUCAUGGAUCUUUGAAACACUGUAGCCCUUUUUGUGUAUAGAAGAGUGAUCUCUUGUACUGACUUGCUACUUUUAAGCUGCCAAAGGACCCUUGUUCCAUGAGCUUUGUAGCUACAUGAGAUUAUCCUAUACAAGUAGAAAUAAAAAUCAAAUUAAUCUCUGAAAUAUUUUAUAAUUAUGUAUGUGUACUUACUGAGUAACUACCUUCUCAGUGACCCUCCCCAUAAUUCUAGAGGAACAGCUAUAGAAAUGGAGAUGAGAAUCUGUCCCUGGAUGCACAUUAGUUCUUCAGCAUUACUUUUAAAAUAGGCUUUAAUGUUUUGUUUGUGUCUCAACUAAACCACAAAAGCCAGGAUUUGCAGAUCUUUAUGCUGAAAUUCCAUCUCUAACAUUGUUUUUCAGCCACAUGUGCUGUGCAAGAUGACCUACUGUUUGGAAAUCCUACAACAGCCAAGCAUAAUAGAAAGUUAAGAAGUUUGAGGCCAUAUCUCUAAAUGGUCUUCAGUUGUUGAAUAUUAGGCACCUUUAACAACGCGUAGUAGGUAUCCAAUUUGUGAAGCACUUUGUGUUACUUUAGAAUGAAAAGCACUAUAUAAAUGUAAAAUAUUCGUUCACCACUGAUUCAGUGGCUUAAUUUUCUGUUAUCCCUUCUAGUAUUAAAAUGCAGGAAGCAAAGUUGAUCCAAUUUAUGCAUUAAAAAGCUCCAUUCUGGCCACGAUAGAAAAAGAAAA